ACAGGGUUUAUUAUGAUGACCUAUUUUUUUUACAUAAGAGCCAUUCCUCUGCAGCUUCUGAGCUACUUACAAUCUCCUCUCUGUCAGUAUCAGUUACUGAUACUUCCUAAAACACCAGCAGGUGUUGAGUACUGAUAAGUAUUUUGAACUAGUUCUGCCACUGUCAUUGUCCUUCAGUGUCCUUAGGACCACUCUGUGCAGACUGCAUAGUGCUGCAGCAACUGAACUCAAGUAAUUUAUUCUCAUUGGAUCCACACUGCAGACAGUGCUGUUCCUGUUGAAGACAGCUUUUUGCCGAUGAGCUCUCGUGACACAACAGCCACUUCUGUGUCUGAGACCUUGUAUUUGCAGUCUGUGGGAAGAGCUGCUGCUCACUGAGAGAAUCUCCUGAAGGGAAGUAACUGAGUUAUGUCUGCAGAACUUCUGGCCGUAACCAAGAUGGGGAAAAUUAAACAGUGCUCUCCCAGCUGCAGGCAGCUUUUCUAUUUUCUGCUUGCACAAUUCCUAGUGAGUAUUUCUAUUGGUGUUUAUUUUUACCGUCUUUCUGUUUUAAGACAAGUGAGCCACUUUCUUACUGUCACUGUAUUUCUACCAAUCAAAUUACUGCCCGCAACCCAUUAAGGGAAUUUAUCUCAAAACAGUAACUUUUGCUGAAGAGAUGCAGAAGUUCCCCGCACAGCCCGUGACCCGCUGCUGCAGCUCCGUGCUCUGCUCUCACUCGGCUGUGCAUGUUCCACUCAGAGAAGCCAACGGGCAGAAGCAACGUUCAGAACCAGACGGUGGAAAGCGUUCGGCCGAAUGACUAACAAUGGAACAGACACGUUCCCCAACCAUUCAACGUUUUGGUAACAAAAACCACCAGCUUCACUCCUUUAGCUUCCUAAACGGGUAUUAGAAUAGCUCUGCCCGGCCUCACCUCGCUCCGAUUUUGGCUUUCCGCUUUUGGCUUUCCGCAUAUGACACGCCAGCACCCGCGGUCACGAUCGGACCGGCAGCAGGGAGCCGCUGCCCACCACCCACAGCGCGCGGUCGCCCGACGCCGCCCCCCCGCCCGGCGCAGCCCCGUUCCGCGGCGCUAGGUGAAGGCAGCCCCCGCCCGCGCUGCCCCGCUGCCCGCCACACUUCCUCCGCGCCCCGCUCCGCACUUCCUGCCCCCCGCCCGGCCGCCAGCACCGCCCUCCCCGCGGGAGGUGCCGGGGGCUGCGGGGGGCGCGGCAGCGGCCGCCUUCCUGCUCCGGCCGAGGCAGCCCGGCGCCGGAGCGCGGUGAGGUGGAAAUACCUGCCCUCCUUGCUUAGUGGAGUCCAGCUGAGAGCUGUUACAUUACUGCAGUGAAGAUCUUGAGAACAGCUGCUGAGGAAUGAAGUCUCCACCUCUUCUCGUGGCCUCUCUCCUGGCAUGCAUCAUUGUUUUGGGUUUCAAUUACUGGAUUGCAAGCUCUCGCAGUUUGGAUCUACAGAGUCGGAUCAUGGAGCUGGAAGGCAAGGUCCGCAGGGCAGCAGCAGAGAGAGGCGCCGUGGAGCUCAAGAAGAAUGAAUUCCAGGGAGAGCUGCAGAAGCAACGAGAGCAAAUUGAUAAAAUACAGUCCUUGCAUACCUUCCAAAUGGAAAAUGCCAACAGAGCACACUGGGAAGAGAAGGCAGUGCUGAUGAAUAACAUCACAACAAAUGAACGAUUGAUCCAGAGUCUACAAGAACAUUUGAAAGAGUUACAGACAGAGUAUGGAAAGCUGCAGCUGGAUGUUUACCGGUUUCAGAAGAACCAGACUAACCUUCAGAGAAAAUUCUCAUACGACCUGUCACAGUGCAUCAACCAGAUGAAAGAAUUAAAAGAACAAUGUGAAGAAAGGAUAAAUGAGAUAGCAAAAAAAGACAGUGAUGUACCACAAGUCAAAAAAAAUAAAGACUUCUCAGAAGAUUCAAAAAGAAGCACCCAGGCUGAUGGUCAGUUGUCAGCUCCAAAACAACCUGAGUUCAAGCAGACUGAUUUGGAACAGCAGAGAGCCAAUGAAGACGUGCCAAAAGCAGUGCCUACAAUAAAAAGGACAGAUGCUCUGCAGCCUAAUGAAAGAGCGAAUGGCCUUGCUGCCAUCAGAAAAGAGGACUCCAAAGCAGAGGAGGAGAAGCUCUCUGUUGAACUGAAACGGCCACAGGGUUUGGCUAUGGCUGGCACAGGCCGUAAGGAGAUGCCCCCUGAGUCAGAGAAAGAACUGAAUCCAGCUGAAGAUGGAAAAAACAUAGCUGAGCAAGAGGCACCACAGCCAGCUGCACAACAGAUUGCUGAGGAGGUGGAGAGGGAGCAGCUCCUCAAUUAUGAUGCUAAGCAGAGCGACUCGCCUCUUGGACAGGCUGACCAGCAAGCACGUGAAGCACUGAGUGAGGACAAAGAUGUUGACUACAAUUUAGAUGAGAAUGAAGCUGAAUCAGAAACAGACAAGCAAGCAGCACUUGCAGGCGUUGAAACUGUUCAAAAUUCUCAAGAAAAAAUGUGAAGAACCACUUGACCAAACUGGAGCACGUCAGAGGCUGUGAACAAGGGAAAUUUGUGAUGCAUCUUAAUCAACUCUUCCUAUAAAUGCAGCAGUGACCAGAGCAAAGUGAUUUAAGAAUGUUUGAUUAUCUUUUCGAGGCUUUGAUAAAGGCUCAAAUGAA